UGGGCUUUGUGGUAUUUGACCCGGUAAGCAUCAAAUAUUGGAUCUAUGUUUUAUUCUUUGGUGGGAUUCGCAAUAAUUGGCCCUGUCAUCGCCUAGGAUUACGUUCUUCCCUUCGAGAUUCUUCCUGGGACUGAAGUGCUCCCUACUCUCUGCCCAAGCCGCUGUCCCAGUCCUCCCCAACUCCUCCUUCGGCGAUCUCUGUCUUGGCCGCUCUGCUCAUAUGAUUGUUGGCUGCUCCUCCCCUUUGGAUUCACAUAGCAUCAAGAAAAAUGACGUCUCCCAAAGCUCUUACAGAAAAGUCAUAUGCGUUUCCCAGUUGUCAUUCAAUUCAGCAAACCCUAGCUUUCUCACUCGGAUUUUUUAUGUCCAUGUGUGCAGGACUGUUUUUAGCAACUUCCAAGGCACAACACUACAAAGAUGGGUCAGGCUUUUUUCACCUGAUAGUGAACCUGGUGACAGAGUAGAGGCUGAUGAGGCUAUUGCACAAAUUGAAACUGACAAGGUGACAAUAGAUAUUGCUAGCCCAUGGUGUGAUCCAAGAGUUUCUUGUCAAGCAAGGAGAUACUGUAGAACCGGAAAGCAAGGUAGCUAUACAAAAUAGAGAGAAGCAGUAGAAGCAGAGACCUUGGAAUAUAAGAGGUGUAGUUAAACGGAGAAAAGGUAGAUUAAUAUAAGAAAGAAGAGAAUAUAUAUAAAAAGUUAUGUUAUGUAUUUUGCUUGAUGGCUUAAUGUGGGCUUUAAGUAAGAAGAACAGUGAGAUGAAGACGUAUAACAAAUGAGGGAAAAUGGAGAAUCAUGCUCCAUAUUCGCUUUUU